CUCCCUUUCGCCUCCGUAGCAAUCUUGGUUCAAGGCAGACGUCUGCCAUACCCGCAUCUGCAUGUUUGACCAUGUGGUGACAGCAGCGAUGAGCCGUGUGCUGGGUCGCACCUUGGAUACCGUUUGUCAGUGUCGCCUCGUGCUGGCGCUCUGUUCGAUUUGCUUACCGCCGCUGGCCGCAGGUAUCCAAGGGCAUGCUGUGCGAGAGAUUUCUGCGGCCAACGCAUCGGCCCUCAUGAAGGGUUGGCCUGACAUCUUCGUGGAGGGCUUCCCUGUCGUCUUCCGCGGCCUCGCCGCCCAGUCGAAGCUGUUGCAGGCGCUCUCUCACGAUAACCUGCUCAGGUACGCUGACGACAUAGGGGGCUGGUCACUGAACAAGGGCCACGGGAGCGGCCCGUGGAACUCGCACGCGCACGAGGGCGGGCAUUGGAACUUGAACCAGGUCUUGGAGUACUACAAGGGCCUUGAAAGUAGCUCGUCUGCUGGCGCGGCGCUGCAGUGUUUCAAGUCCCAGGGCCACCUGCCGUCACUGGACUUGCUGCAGCCUGUGGUAGAGGCGCUGCCGACGAGGCUGUUGCAGACUGCUUACAUUGACAAGGUGAGCUGGUGGAUGGGCGUGAAUGGGUCCUUAGUUGUCACCGGCCUGCACAUCGACAAUCAUCACAAUUUCUUCUUCGCCACGCACGGCAGUGGAGGCAAGAAAUUCAUGAUGUAUCCGCCGUGGGAGGCGGACAACCUCCACGUGUGGCCAAAAGUUCAGUGGUAUUCUGAAGUGCUUCUUGACCUCUACGCCGUUGCGAACAAGACUCGAGCUGACCUGGAGGAACUGUGGAAGAAUCCCAGCCUUCAGAAGUAUCCGAACAUAGCAAAGGCCGAUAGGUACGAUGUCGUGUUGUUUCCUGGCGAUGUGUUGUACAUCCCGAUGAGGUGGUGGCACUCUGGCUUCAACUCUGGAGAUGUGAUUGGGGUAAACUCGUGGUUCUAUGUUCCGAACCCGUUUGCCAACAUUUUCGAUCAGAUUUUCGGCCAGAAACCGGAGGACGAUUUGAAACAGUGGCCCAAGCUCGCAAAACUCCCGAAAAGGUACGCAAGUUUGAAGGCACUGCCACCUCCACCAAAGAGUCCUCCCAUGGGCGUUCACCCAGACAUGGUCAGGAGGAGGAUCGAAGACAGGCAAAGAAGGAUUGGGUGCGUGAGGGUACGCGUGCGGCCAUUCAAAAAGGUGUUUGCAAACCUGAAGCAGUUCGACGAAGAGCUCACGUGCCUUCGCGGAUUCAUGCACAAAAUUUGGGCAGAUGCGACGCAUCUCAUUUCAGGGGAUUCUCCUGGAGGCUCUGCAGAGCUCUGGCACAAGGUGUACAAGUUUCUGGACACGGGCUUUACCUUGUCGUGUCCCGAAGGCAGUCCGCACGAGCACGUGGCGGCCUUCGAACGGCUGUUCCAGCUCCGACAUGAUAGAAGCAUAUUCUCUUUUGCCGGCCUGCUCGAGAACGCCUACCUGGGCUGCGCCGCAAAGGGCACUUGCCUGGCAGUGCAUCAGGCUACAGGAAAGGCGCUGCGCUCUGCCGUGGCCUGGGAGAAGUGCAGGGGCGGCGCUCACAAGCUGGAGCUAUGAGCGUCUGGGGCGUGGGGCACACAGUCCUCUCACGGUGAGCCCCGAUCAGAUGCGCCCCUUUCCGCUCGCCGCGAAGAAGGGGGUUUUGAGAACAAGCGGUUGGGGCGUGGAGCACGCAGUCUUCUCACGCGUGGAGCCCCGAUCAGAUGCGCCCCUUUCCGCUCGCCACGAGGCGGGGCGUCCUGAGGACGAGUGGCCCUGUGUUUUUUUUUGUAUGUGCUUGCGGCCUCUCGGGGACCUCUCGCGGGCCCUAAGACCGUCAACAGUUUUUCGCAAUACACUGCAGGGCUCGAGUGUGCCCAGGGCUCUCCGCGCGGCGCCGAGACACUCCCAGGGGUGAGUUCCUGUCGGGGGCCGCUGCCCGCAUGUUCCUCUCCGCUGAGGUCAGUUCCUGUCCGAGUCUGGGGCAGUCGCUCGUUUUAGGGGGACGGGAUUGUCAUCCCCGAUUCGCAUGCCUCUUUCCUCCUCACCCUCCUCCUCCUCGCCUUCUUCUGCGCAGGGGUGGCUUGUAUAGCAGAAGGGCCGUUCACCGAAUGUUUGCCCCGAGGGUUGUUGGCUCAAUGUUUGCCCCUGCAGGUGCAACACCUGUUCGCAUCGCGCGGCAGGCUGGGACAAACUGUACGAACAGACAUGCUCAAGUUUCUAAAAAAAUAGCAGAGGGUAUGGUGGUUGAUCCAGGCCGUCACUUGUAAUAUAGGUGUGAGUCAGCCAGACAAGGAAUCAGUUGGCAAACCCGCC